ACACACACUCACACUCACACACACACACACACACACACACACACGCACCAAUGGUUGCGCCUGGGCUCGCCUUUGAGACUGACUCGCCUUUGAUUAGACGUGCCUUCUUCAGCUGCUGAGCUCGCUAGAGCCGCGUUCGGGGUCCACGGGGUGUGCGAGACCCAUUCUGCGGUAUAACUGCCUGCAUUGAUUCAAAAUCAGCAGCCCGAGGCAUUGAGGAGGCACGCUGGACCUUGGUCCGCCCUGCUAAACUGCGACUGCACAGCUUUGAGCUUUCUGCAAACCUCUGACAGAGCUGGGUUUUACUGUCUAAUCAAUCAAGGGGAAUUAUUGCCAAUCGAGGCUUUGCUAGCCCUCUCUGCGUCCCAGCCCGCGUGAGCAAGUUCAAUAGCUAGCUCUUUCCUUCUAUCCCAGGGACAGAGGUUGUCCUGCACCAAGCUGAGCCUUGAGCUCCCGUACUUUGGAGGCAGCUCGGAAAGGGGGAGCUGAAGCUUCCAUUAACAGCAUCUAGAGAGGGAAGGCAAGAAGAAGGAGGGAGGGGAAAGAGGCAAACCUUGAAUCACUCAGCAUCCCGUGGCUGUCUUCUUAGAUUCUCAGAAGGUUACUGUGUUGACUGAGACUUGGGCUGGGAACAUACAUAGCUUUAUUGGGGAAGCAAUGCAAGUCUCCAUAGCUUGUACAGAACACAAUCUCAAGAGUCGGAAUGGUGAAGAUAGACUUAUGAGCAAACAGAACACCACUGCCCCGAAUGUAGUGAAUGCAGCCCGGGCGAAAUUCCGGACAGUUGCUAUCAUUGCUCGAAGUUUGGGAACGUUCACCCCUCAGCAUCAUAUUUCUCUGAAAGAAUCAACGGCAAAGCAGACUGGCAUGAAAUAUAGGAAUCUUGGAAAAUCAGGACUCAGAGUUUCCUGCUUGGGCCUUGGAACAUGGGUCACUUUUGGAGGUCAAAUUUCAGAUGAGGUUGCUGAAAGACUAAUGACGAUUGCUUAUGAGAGUGGAGUCAACCUCUUUGACACAGCUGAGGUGUAUGCUGCUGGCAAGGCUGAAGUGAUCCUUGGAAGUAUCAUCAAGAGGAAGGGAUGGAGGAGAUCCAGCCUGGUCAUAACAACCAAACUCUACUGGGGUGGAAAAGCUGAAACGGAAAGAGGAUUGUCACGAAAACACAUUAUUGAAGGACUGAAGGGUUCCCUCCAGAGACUGCAGCUUCAAUAUGUGGAUGUUGUGUUUGCCAACAGGCCUGACAGCAACACACCCAUGGAAGAAAUUGUCCGAGCGAUGACCCAUGUGAUAAACCAGGGGAUGGCCAUGUACUGGGGCACAUCAAGGUGGAGUGCUAUGGAGAUUAUGGAAGCCUAUUCUGUAGCAAGACAGUUCAACAUGAUUCCACCGGUAUGUGAACAAGCCGAGUACCAUCUUUUCCAAAGAGAGAAGGUGGAGGUACAAUUGCCGGAACUAUAUCACAAGAUAGGGGUUGGAGCAAUGACCUGGUCCCCCCUCGCCUGUGGGAUCAUCUCAGGGAAAUAUGGUAACGGUGUGCCUGAAAGCUCCAGAGCAUCACUCAAGUGCUACCAGUGGCUGAAGGAAAAAAUCAUAAGUGAAGAAGGAAGAAAGCAGCAAACCAAGCUGAAGGACCUUUCUCCAAUUGCGGAACGCCUGGGCUGCACCCUGCCUCAGCUAGCAGUGGCAUGGUGCCUGCGGAAUGAGGGAGUGAGCUCUGUUCUCCUGGGGUGUUCCAAUCCCGAGCAACUCAUAGAAAACCUCGGUGCCAUACAGGUCCUCCCAAAGAUGACAUCCCACGUGGUGAACGAGAUCGACAGCAUCCUGCGAAACAAGCCGUACAGUAAAAAGGACUAUCGCUCCUAAUCCCCACAUGAGGCGAUGGAAGGAAGUGCAUGGUUACAAUAGGGGCUGUGCCCAGUUCAGAACUCUUCCAAUAUCCAGUCAUCCAAGUCACUUAGCAGCCUGCUGCUCAACCUCUAGUGUUCCUGGAUCUCCGAGGUGUCUGCUGUCGCUACCACUGUGCGCGGAUGUUUGAAAGCACACGUGAAAACUCACCACGCCGCCCAGAAGAGUGAUUCUAUUUUCUUAUCUACCACUAAAGCCGCCGCCGAUCCUUGCUCUGUGUACCUCAUACUUAUGCAAUGAAAAGUAGAUGGAAAACAAAAACGAGAUCUAUAACCUUCAGGGAUCUGGUAACUUGAAGAAGGCUGUACAGAUAUAUUUUUUCAAAUGAACAAAAUCCACAGAUGCGACUGUAGAUAUAAAAAAUGUCUUAGCUAUAGUCUUGGUAAGGCUUAGGAAGCAGGAGUAAUUUCAGGUCCUUUUUUUUUUUCCUUUUCUGAAAUCGAGUUUUCUUUCACUCAGUCAUUAACAAAGCUGUCAUUGUUAUAGAUGUGGACUUGGGAAUCUCAUCAGCAUAGUGUACCCCUAGCAUGGAAACUCCCUCCGCUAAGGCAGAUUGGCAGCUUGUGAAUAACAGUCUUAGAAGGUUCCCUGGGAUACAGAGAGAUUAAGGGGCUUCUCGGUCACACAGGUAGUAAGUGUCUCAGGCAGGACUUGCACCCAAGGCUCCAAAGGCAGCCUCUCUGUUACCUUUACUUUUAAAUAUCAGCUGCAGUUUGGACCACAAAGACUGUCUUCUUUCUAUACCUUUGUCAGUGUUCCUAUUCAGAUAUCAGUAAUGUUCUGUUCACUCACGGAUUAAAUGAGUAAUUGAUGAGAGGAUGGAUCACAUAAUAAUUAACCAGAGAUGUUAUGACGACUUUAUGAAAGGGAGAUAAAUGUAUGCUUCUAAGGAAUAUUAGUUCUGAAUAAAUCAUAAACCAAUGUAUCUGCUAACAAAGUAUUCAUUUUUCUCUAUAUUUUAUUAAAACCUGUUUCAUACAUUUGACUGCUUGUAGGUAUUAGCUUCUGAAAGUUUCAGUAUUUGAGCUUUUAAGAUAUACAUGUGCAGAGUUGCAAUUUAAUGCUAUAAAAAGCCCAGAAAAGGUAAAUGUUCAACACUAAAACGAGUUCUGGGGUUUUGCUAUCAUUCUAAUGCUUAGCAUUUGGGGGGAGAUGUCAACACGAAGCAGGUCAUGUGAUUCGUGGAGGUGCUGCAUCACCUAGGCAGUAGGCUUUGGUCAAUGUGAAGUCCCUCACUGACCCACUGAGAAACAGGUGAAACUUCCGGAUGGCUCUGUAACCCCAAUAAGUACAUUAAGCCAUAGUAUGCAUGAGAUAUAGCAUGAGCUAAAAGCAAAUGGUUGGUUGGGCACAAGUCGACCUUGGCCUUGAGCUGUAAUGAAUCCUGUUGCUGAAUGACCUCUUGUAUUCUUCUGUCGUAUCACAUUUGCAACACGUAUCCACUUACCAGCGAAGCUGUGAGCUCCCUCCUAUCCCUCAGUGGGGAAGAAACCAGUGUUUUGGCUGGUGGCCCAUUAAUGACCAGAUCACCAGAAAGAAGUACAAAAUUUCAGCCUUCAUUUUCUCAGCAACAGGACAUGUCACUUUUAAAUGAAACACUUUGAACCCAAAGGAUGUAGAAUUGUAGAAUUUGUAUAGACUUGUAUUUACUGUCAUUUACAGAGAUGAGUGGUUCAAUGUUAAACCUUAAAGGGUAAAAGUGGAGCACCAACAAUUUUUCCUUGAUAAUCAACAACUUGUAACUACUUCAUGGAGAUAAUUCUGUUCCCCACUCCCACCCCCAUCCGAUUCGUGAUAAAAACACCUUUAAAAUCCAUUUUGUAUUUCAUCUGACAGUCUACCAUGUGUAUAUGAGCUGUGGUGCCACAUAUCAGGAAUGCAAUCUACUUACUAUACAUUUGCUUGGAGAUAAUAAAAGUAUUUUGUGCAUCUAAUCUUCUAACUAGAAAGUUCAUUAUUCAAUAUUUUGUGAGGUAAACAUAACAUCACAAAAGAGGGAACAAUCCAUUGAA